AUGGCCAACCGCGACAACCAGUCUGGCGCGAACCGCGGACGACUCAACUUCAUUGAUGCCUAUCCCCAUACCGCCGCCCCCACCGCUGAUGUCGUGCCUGCCUUCAUCAACGACACCAUCACGCCCGCCGCCGCUGUUCGCCCGCAAGCUGCCUCUCGCGCUGCGGCUUCGCUGCUCGCCUCUGUCGAAGGCCAUGGACGACAGCUUCACCAACACCUCCGCGAGAAUCCGUCCGUUGCCGCCAAAGACAUCAGCGCAGAGAGAGGCCUUGCGACUCUCCAGCACCGUUGGGGAGCUCACCCCUGGGUUCCUGCUGUCUAUGCUCCUAGACCGCCCAUCGCCCCCCUCAUCAUCCGCAAGAUGGUCUGGAUCACCGACAAAGUGCUUUCCCGCCCCGGCGCCACCACCAACGAUUUGGCCGCUCUCUGGGCCGGCUCGCCACAAGACCCUGAGAAUGCUGGGCUGCUGCUUCGGGCUGUCAUCACCUCCGGAGCCUCUAACCUCACCAAGGCCGUAGCUACACAAGCCGCCAAGAUGCUCGCUGCUGAGCUUGCCGUCGCCUAUGCUGAGGCUGUGAGGGUCCAGCGCCUGCACGAACAAGCUGCCGAAGAACGAGACUGGGCCGAGCUGGAGCUCCUCCACCAGGAAGAAGCCGCCGCACAGCGCAUGCUCGCUCUCCACGAGGCUGAGGUGGAGGAGGCCGCAGCAGAAGCAGAAGCCAUGGGCCUAAUGCAGGAUGCGGAGGAGCGCCAUCAAAAACAGCAGCAGCAAUAUGGGGAUAAGGAAGAGGAAGAGACUGAAGCUUCUCGUCGAACAAUGACGCUUUUCUCGACUUCCGCUACGACGCGCGCGACGACUACAAUCCCCUUUUCGGCGAUGACAAUGAUGUCCCCUUGCGGGACCACAACAUCCCCCUCGUUGAUGACGAGCCCCAUGGCCCCCCUGCCCCAGGUUCCCACGAUGACCCUUUCAGGAGCUCGCCCGCCCGCCCUGCCGUCCGGUCUGCUCCCGGCGCCGUCCGAUCCCGGCCCGAAUCCGGCUCAGAACUCCGACUCCGAAGAGGCUGCCCCACCUCCGCCCGCACGCCGUGUUCGCCGCCCUAGGGCACCCCCUGCGAACCAGGAAGAGGAGCUUGACAGGAUUGCCCAGCGCGUAUACGACACCACCAUGUCACAGCUUAGGCAAGGCACUUUCACAUCCCGCAUGCGGCUUGCCGAUCGUCAGGACAUCGCAUGGCACGCACGAGCUGCUGUUCUCGACACUGCUGUCGCCCAGGUGGAGGGCAUUGCCGAGCCCAACAUCGAACCUCGCGCCGGUCGGGCCUUUGAGAAUGAGUUGAGCUCAGAGUACGAUGAGGAGUUGGUGCCAACGCCGCCGGUGCGUCGGGCUGGAACCAUGUUCACCAGCUUAGUCUUCGAUUCAGACGACGAGUAA